UGGUGAGCGCAAACCCAAAUCGACCAUUCUCGUCGUCGAUCCCCCGCAGACUCUUCGCCCUCCUCUCCAGCUCGAUGCGUUUCACCGACUCGCCGGUGGUGGAACUCCCCGUGGGCGGCGCCGUCCUCACUUUCGAGCAGGACAACGGCUCCAUGCACGUUGGGACCUCCGUCUGGCCCUGCUCCCUCGUCCUCGUCAAGUUCGUCGAGCGGUGGCUCCCCCGCCCCGCCGCCGCCGUCCCCAACCCCUACGCUGACCUCCUCCGCUUCCCCGGCAAGCGGGCCGUUGAGCUCGGCUCUGGAUGCGGCCCCGCAGGCCUCGGUCUCUUCCUCCUCGGCCUCGACGUCAUCCUGACCGACAUCGCCCCCGUGAUGCCCGCCCUACGCCGCAACCUCAAGCGCAACCGCCCUGCCUUGCCUCGGGCCCCCAAGCACGCCCAGCUCUACUGGAACAACCCCGGUCAGAUCAGGGCCCUCCGACCGCCCUUCGAUCUCGUGGUUGCCGCUGACGUGGUGUACAUGGAGGACUCCGCCGCGCAGCUCGUGACAGCCAUGGAGGCUCUUGUCGGGGACGACGGCGCCGUGCUGCUGGGUUACCAGCUAAGGUCGCCUGACGCCCACCAAGUGUUCUGGGAUUUGUGUCGCCAGGCAUUCCCGGCCAUCGAGAAGGUCCCGCAUGAGGAUCUUCACCCAGAUUACGCCUACGAGGAGACGGAUGUCUAUAUACUAAGAAAGAGGAAGUAAAUUGGCAACCAUAAAACAGUCGUGAUUUGAUCUGUUCCGGGUUUAGCGACAGACCAUGGAGUUAAUUUGGAGCUACAUUUGGUGCUAUUUAAGAAAUGCUGCCAUGAGAGUUAGUGAGAGACUAUGCUUUAUAGAGAAAAACUUGUUUAAUUGGAAGAUUUGAGAAAUCUGGAUUCUCUAAUUUCUGACAGGAGGCAUCUACUGCAAAAUAGUUCCUUGAAAAUAUUCAAUCUGAGAAUCGCUUACAUGUACUUAAAUCAUUCACUGGUAUAACCUUUGAGCUUGUCACCGGUGUGAAUGUAUACGCAGAUUUUACA